AAACUCGACCAUCGAAAGUUCAAGAGAAGCCUCAGAAUUGUAAAACACCUCAAGAAGUCAUUCAAAAAAAACCGUGGUGUUCCUAUUGUAACAUAAAAGGACACACUGUGUCUACAUGCCCCGCCGUAAGGAAAUUAGAUGAAAGGUGUACAAUGAUUCUUAGAACACUGACUUCGGAACAGAUUGAAGUA